AUGCAAACACCAAUAGUUAAAAAUGAUGAAUCCGUUGAUGUUUUACCCCGAAAAAUACCCGUUACUUCGACUGUGAACCCGACAUAUGUUCCAUCUACUAUUUCAUUUUUUGUCUUACGUCAAGUGGAUUCAAUGGACGAUUGGAAAAUACAAGUGCUCUUUGACAAUGGCCUUAAAUACGACCUGACUUCUAUCAUUGCUUUACCCCGUGCGGUAAGAGCAGUUAGAGGUGAACAGAAUGUAUAUGUGUAUCACUCAAAUAUUGGUGUAUAUUUGAACGAUAGUGGAGGUAUUCUCCUUGGUAACCGUCCAAUUCGUACCUAUCGACUUCGUAUAUCUCAGUCACGAGCCAUACCUCCCACAAUACAUUAUGAGGAAAACUUCACGCGACAACUUGUGUUAAAUCCAUCGAUAUCACGUCAUUUUCUAUUCGACGUUCAUUUCGAAAAGGGUGUAUAUGUGUUACCAGCCCCUGGAAAAGACGUGCCGUUCUGGAAUCAUCUAUGUAUUUUCACUUACUUUCUUAUCAACGAGAAAUCUUACGAAGCAUUCGAAUCUUUUCAUGAACAAUUCGCAAAUGGUAUUAUCAACCAAAGCCGAACACUUUCACUUGAAAAUUUGAAUGAAUUCUUCAAGCUGUGUCGUAAUCACUUUGCAGCCAUCGAACGUAUCAUGCCGAACAAUCUAGAAGCACUAAAAAUUCUUGUUCGUAUGAUGUCUCCUCUGCUCAUCAAUCGAGCGAACAUGAUCGUUCAAAGUGAAGCAGCUCAACUAUUCAUUUCAAUUCUUCUCAGACAUAUAGCAGAAGGUUUGCAAGCUAUUUGGAUAGCAAUCAUCGAUUCUGAAUGGGCAUCAUUUCGUGAAGGCUUGAUAAAUCUUUUGUGUAUAAAAUUACACAAUCACAAUUCUAAGGAAGAGUCGAACAUUGUUUUUGAUAUAUUAACUAAACUUCCUGAAGGAACACGACGACAUGAAUUAAUCGAGAAAUUAAUUAAUUUACUUACCCAGUUAAAGUGUAAUCUUUCCAAAGAUCAAGAAGUGAUUUUAUAUACGUUGAUUGGUCACAAGAAUCUUACAUUGGAACAUCUUGAAUUGUGUAGCUCGUUGAACGCGUACGUUAGCAAUUUAACUCAAUUUCUAUCAGUUCAUCAAGACAAUGUUGUCCAAUUAGAGACGAAGAUUCAAAUUCAACUCGAUCGACUUCUGCAAGAAAAGCGUUUUCCAAUUAAUCUGGAGGAUAUUUUAUUUGUUUUGAAGUUUUUCAAUACUGAAUCCGACAAAGUUGCUGAUGAUUUGAAUGAAAAAGCUAUUCAAAAGAUUAAAUUUAUUUUUGAAACAAAUUUUUCUUUACGUAGCACAUUCGGAACAUACUUAAAUGAAAGAAAUCAUCAUAUAACAGUUGAUGAAUUUCCUCUCAUUCGUGAUAUCAUCCUACGGUAUUACAAUGAAUAUGUGUUGCACGACAUCAAUCGGUCACAAUAUUUGUUACGUACACUGGCCUGUCGUAAAGAUCGAACAAUCGAUUAUUUCAUAAACUGGUUCAAAUUCUUUUUAUGUGAGUCAAAUCCAAAUUGGUUGCGUUACGAAGAAAUAGUUCAACAAUGGACGGAUUGUUUUGCUCACCAGCCAGAAAGAUUUGCAGAAGUUAUUAAACAAAUUGAUAUAUUGAUGAAACUAUGGGCACAAGUCUCACCAGAAAAUGUGCAGCGUUCGAAUUUUUUGGCCACGCACAUGGUAGGAGAAUGUUUUCGAUACGGAAAUAUUUAUGAACGACUAAGAGAUGAUUUACGAUUAGUCCAAAAUCAAAUGUUCAUUGAUGCUUUCAAGGAGAAAUUUAAGAAAAAUGUAUUAUCUAUCGCCCAAUAUCCAUUAAACCAAAUACAAAAUGGUGAAAAUCCAUUGGCGCAGCUGCUAAGAAUCAGUUCUGGCCAACAAGAACAAAAUCGAUUGGUGAAAGAUUUGAUCGAACUCGCCAUUUCCUUGGUAGAAAUCGAUGAGAAUCAAGUUAUGAACGAUGCAUUUUAUCAUCCAUCGCGUGAUACAUUCACGUACACCGUUCUUUUCAAAAAUUCUCUUCAGCAACUUCCGAUCUAUGAACAAACAAUCCAUCAGUUAACAAAACAGUUGAAUCGAUGGGAAACAGGUGUGUUUGCUUCUCACGUUCGAACUUGGACGAAUCUUACAAGAGACCAAUUAGUUAUUGUUCAACAAGUAUGGUCAUUAGUAACACAAAAGGCGGAGAAAACCUAUCAGAUUGAUGCACUGUUCAAUGAGACACAUCGAGAUAUGCAAACUAAAUUACAAAUCAGUAAUCAGAUAGUGACUUGCCUUAAUGCUUAUUGUACAGAGGCAAACGACCGGGAAAAGUAUCACGAACUCGUGCAACAAUGGCAUCAGCGUUUCGAAAUCGAAGUUAUUCAAUCGAUCAAUGUACCACCGGCUCUCCAAAAUCUCGUCCCAUUCGCAGAGAAGCUCAAUCCAUAUGUUGGUGCGCAUGCUUGGCGAGAAUUUCUCCAGCAACAUACGGCUAUCAAUGGUAAACAUAUUGCUCCAUCUUGCAGAACAAUGAAUAAUGAAAUGUGGAAUGAGGAUGAACCAUCAUCACCAGAAGCAUCUCCUGAACAAAUUGAAGUUGCGUUUAUCGACACAACCAAGGAACGAAUGACGAACACAUGUUUAGAUAUUCUUGAUCGAGCAGUUGAUGUUCUCAAGCGAUUUCGCAUGAAAUUGCAGCAUAUAUGAAAUAUUUAUGAACGACUAAGAGAUGAUUUACGAUUAGUCCAAAAUCAAAUGUUCAUUGAUGCUUUCAAGGAGAAAUUUAAGAAAUAUGUAUUAUCUAUCGCCCAAUAUUCAUUAAAUCAAAUACAAAAUCGUGAAAAUCCAUUGGUGCAGCUGCUAAGAAUCAGUUCUGACCAACAAGAACAAAAUCGAUUGGUGAAAGAUUUGAUCGAACUCGCCAUUUCUUUGGUAGAAAUCGAUGCGAAUCAAGUUAUGAACGAUGCAUUUUAUCAUCCAUCGCGUGAUACAUUCACAUACACUGUUCUUUUCAAAAAUUCUCUUCAACAACUUCCGAUCUAUGAACAAACAAUCCAUCAGUUAACAAAACAGUUGAAUCAAUGGGAAGAAGGUGUGCUUGCUGCUCACGUUCGAAUUUGGACGAAUCUUACAAGAGACCAAUUAGUUAUUGUUCGACAAGUAUGGUCAUUAGUAACACAAAAGGCGAAGAAAACCUAUCAGAUUGAUGCACUGUUCAAUGAGACACAUCGAGAUAUGCAGACUAAAUUACGAAUCAGUAAUCAGAUAGUGACUUGUCUUAAUACUUAUUGUACAGAGGCAAACGACCAGAAAAAGUAUCACGAACUCGUGCAACAAUGGCAUCAGCGUUUCGAAAUCGAAGUCAUUCAAUCGAUCAAUGUACCACCAGCUCUUCAAAAACUCGUCCCAUUCGCAGAGAAACUCAAUCCAUAUGUUGAUGCGAAUGCUUGGCGAGCAUUUCUCCAGCAACAUACAGCUAUCAAUGGUAAACAUAUUGCUCCAUCUUUCAGAACAAUGAAUAAUGAAAUGUGGAAUGAGAAUGAACCAUCAUCACCAGAAGCGUCUCCUGAACAAAUUGAAGUUGCGUUUGUCGACACAACCAAGCAACAAAUGAUGAACACAUGUUUAGAUAUUCUUGAUCGAGCAGUUGAUGUUCUCAAACGAUUUCGCACGAAAUUGCAGCAUAUAUGUGAAUCGGUACACAGUUUACCGAUUUUUCACGUUAUUAAUCUAUUUGCCGAUAUUCGACAAGCAGAACACGAUCUUACACUGUUGAUGCCGCUGCUUAUUCCCGAAGCUCUACCAUCACUACUUUCUAUAGUUUCAUUCUGGAAAGAUCGUACUAAAAUUCAACAUGUCUGCAAGGGUUGUGUGCAUUUAGUUGCAAAAGUUUCAGCAACGAUUGAUUCAACUUUUCUCGAUCGUGUUCAAGUUGUUGAUCACGAUACAUUGGGUGAAGAAUGUGUGAUAGUUUAUACAAAGUAUCAAAAUGAAAUUGAAAAACGUUAUCAAGAGAAAGUUCUCACAUUGAUCUCUUACUACAGUUCGUCGAGUGAUCUUCUCGAUUUUCUUCACUUGUUGACAUUGGAAGAUGUUUACAAUUUGCAAGAAGCUGUAAAUGAUUGGGAUGAAACAUUGCUCAACCCAAAAUCAGUAUUCGAUUUUGCUGUCGUAAAGAAUUUCAUCGAUCGUGCUUAUAAGGCGAUGAGCAUCUUGGAUAAAACUUCAUUUCAGCUUGAGCGUAUCGUCGACUGUUUUAUUGAAGUCUGGAAAGAUGCUCAAUUUACAGAUUUACUGAAAUGUCUCGAGUCAGCAUCACUUGCCUUGUCAAGUAUUAAACGUAUUCAUCUGGAAUUAACUGAUAAAGAACAAUCAAAACGACGUCGUAUUGCUGAUAUUCUGCAAAAAUCUACAAUCUAUUUUGUACAUAUUAAUGAUCAGCAACUAACCUUCGAUAUCAACGUUGAACUACCAGUGCAACAAACAACAACGACGAACGACGAAAAGAAACAACAGAACAUUACAUUUGCUGAUCUUAGUGAACUUCGUGAUCGUGCACGUCUAUUAGAAUAUUCGAGUAAUGUUAAGAAACAAAAUUUAUCGGAAGUUGACCAUGAACGUGAAAAACACAAACUUCGUGAAUUUAUUCAAUUUGUAAGCAUUGUCGAAUUGAUCCUGGAGAUUCUGAGAAAUUUAUACACAGCUGGUCACCCCUCCGUAUCAGAAUUUCUCAAGCCGAAGAAAACAUUUUCCUGUACAAAUGAGAAGUACGAUGAUCUACGAGAAAAUUGCCAAAUCUUGGAAAAUCUCUUGAAGAAUUGGGAAAUACACCUAUGCCGUAUGUACGAGAAAUUUAUUGGAUUGACGUAUUUCUCGAGCGACCAGUUCUGGCAAAUCGAGGAGUACAUCUACAAUAGACCGUCACUCUCGCAUCCAGGCUAUCAUUUUCUUCAAUUCAUCGGAAUUGACUCGACUUCAAUCAUUCAACCACAGUGCGCACAGCAACAACAAAGUCCUGAAGAUCGACUGGCGAAUCUUGGUCGAUGGCUUUCGAAAAAACAAAGGGUUGACGCUGUGGAAGAGUCUCCAAAGAAUAAAAAAUGUUUCCUCAUCGAAACAACAAACGAAGGUGUUCUCCGUGCUAUUCUUUCUUUAUUUGAUUUGAUGACGACACCAUCUGAAGUUCAGCGAAUCUUUUAUUGUACUUGGCGAACAAACUGGGUUCAAGUACGUGCGUUCAUUUAUCGUUGUUUUUAUUCGCAAACACUGCACCAAAUCAUUCGACCUGAACGUCUUUCACAAUCGAUUCAACAUCGAUUUACAGAUCUCUUACGCACAUUAAUGGAAUCUAAACCGCGUCAAUAUUUUCGCAUCGGAAUUAUCACAACGACUCCUUCAUUUGAACAACAACUCAUUAACGGACUUCAAUCCAUGCAAGUUCUUCACAUUUAUCGUGAUCAUGAAUUACUUAAUGCCAAUAAAUUCAAACAAAUUUUGAAACGAUCGAUGCGUCCGUGUACAUUAGUGACAUCGAAAAUUACCGGUCUGGGAAAGUCCAGCUUAAUUCGUCAGACUAUUCGAUCAUCGGGUAAAAAAUAUGUGAAGUUUCCAAUCUACGGUGAUUUUGAUGUGGAUACAUUAGCUGAACGUCUGCGCUCGAAGUAUCCUGAAUGUCAACGUGGAGCAAUUCAUUUUGACAUUGGCACAAUUGAAAAUCGUCAACAAUUAAAUGAAAUCUUCUACUGUCUUCUCCUAUUCGGAAGUUUUCAAUUUGGACAAGCAACAGUUGCUAUACCGGCUGAAACACCCAUCUAUAUUGAACUUGAUGCAUCACCACAAUCUACUCUAACAGAAAUCACUCUAUUCGAUCAUGUUGAAACAUCAAUACCAAUCAAUCAAAUCGAUUGGAACAAUCUCAAUGUCAACGACAAUCGAAUUCAAGUCGUAGCCAAUUAUUUACAAGCUAUUGCCGAUAAAACAAUUCUUAAACAAAACAUCAAUCCUACCUCACUCAAAAUACUCGAUCUGGCAACAUGCUCCCGCUUGAUUCAACAACCUUUCUUAGCAGGAAAAAAUCAAGAUUUCAUUACGUGGACACAAUUACAAAUCUUUAUCGGUGUUUUCUAUCGUCUGUUCACAGGUUUUUCACGAUGUGGUCAUUUUCUCUGUGAAUACGUUCCAAACGCACAACUUCGAAUGGAUCUCGUUCUAACACUUCUUCAAUCAUCCAAUCAAUUUACUUCAUUGUCGGUCGAAAACGUACGUAUACAGCAACAAGCCAUCGCGACAAAUGAACCCGUGACAUUCAGUGACGCGAUCGUUCGAUGGGAUACUAUUCAACCGUUUACAUUAGUAUUCACUGCUACUGACGAUGCCUUGUUUGUCUACAAAAAACCAGACGAUGUGCCUGCAGCAUUAAAACAAUAUUUCGAAGUUUAUCAUAGAUCACUCAAGAAAGGUAAACAGAUGACGAUAAAUGAAAUGUUUCCUGAUUAUAAUCAACUUUCACACGCACAACUAUUCAGUAAAUUAGCUUCUCUCUCACGGAAAUAUUUCAACAAAUCGAUUUGUCCUGUAUGCUUUUGUCAGUAUGAAUACACAGAGCAACGUUGUCAGCAAUGCUCUACGAAAGAGAUACUCAUUCGACCGAAAACAUUCGAUCACGAUGAUAUUUCGAUCUUUCAACUUGAUAUUGCCGAACGAUUGCAAAACGAAUACGUUCUUACUCCAGAUAAUUUUAUUAAAAUGCUUCUCAUCUAUCUACGAGUACAAAGUGGUAUCCCUGUUUUGAUUAUGGGUGAAACAGGAUGUGGAAAGACAGCCUUAAUUCAAUUCUUAUGUCAGAAAAUUUUAGAUGACCAAUUGCAAGUUUUUCGUAUGCAUGCUGGUGUUCAAGCCAAUGAUAUUAUUCAUGUAAUGCAACACUGUGUUACGCAAGCAUUAGAGUUGGCAAAACAAAACAAACAGAUGUGGAUAUUUUUCGAUGAAUUCAACACAACAAGUAAUAUUGGUCUCCUAAAAGAAAUUAUGUGCGAGAGAACUUUACUGGGGACACCAUUACCAAUAAACAUCGUUUUCUUGGGCGCAUGUAAUCCACGACGUAAGAAGACAAAGAAAAUUAUGAUCAAUGAUGAUGCUCAUAUUGGUCUACGAAAAACACGUUAUGAAACUCAGAAAUUACUUUGUGCAGGUACGGAUCGAUGUCUUCUCUAUACAGUAGUACCUAUUCCAGAGACGAUGCUCGAAUAUAUAUGGGAUUAUGGUUAUCUGAAUGAACCAACGGAAAAAGCUUACAUACAGACAAUGUUAAAAACAUGUCGGGAUCUUUCGUCAGAUGCAACUCUUUUCGACCUAACAGUCACAUUACUCCUCAGUUCGCAGAAUCAUAUGCGCG